AUGGAGGCCUACGACGACCGCUAUGUGGUCGACAUUCCGCGUGGACAGGACAGCAUGGAUAAUGGCUUUCCGUACAACAGUCGUCCUCGCGCCCACUACGGCUCUGGUGCGUCUGCGUCUGCUUCUUCAUCUGCCCAGCCAGUGUCGCAUCGCUCCAACCCUCCCGACUCGAGCGGGGUGUGGCCAAACGGGCCGCGCACCGGCAUGGCGGACAGCAACCGUCGAGACCCCCUGUUGACCCGGACAGGCAACAUGAACGCGCCGCCUCCUAACCAUGCGUCGUCGUCGUCCUCAGCUGCCGCGUCCACCAACACCACUGUCACCGCCAACGAGCAGGUCUCGGGACAGCCGCAGGCGGCUCCACACGCGCGCCGCAUGUCGUCUAGUUCGGCUAUGCGCAGUGAUUCCAAGGACGAGGGCGCAGGCGUACCCGUGGCCUUUGACGAGGGUAUCCUUCGGGGCCUCUGCGACAUGGACUGCGCGCUCCCCCUUCUUGCGGACCGAAUAAAGCAGUCGGUGCAGUCGUGCAAGCAAGUCGCCCAGUUCUUCCGCGACCGCUCUGCCAUCGAGGAACGCUACGGCAGGAGCCUGAGCGAGAUGACGCGUACCUCCAACGACCUGUACAGCCGUUCGGACGGCAAGGCCGGAUCGUUUGUCGCCGCGUACCAGUCUUCCCUCCGUGUCCAGGACCAAGUUGCCCAGAACCGCCUGCGCUUUGCCUCGCGCCUGGGAGAGAUGAGUGAGGAGCUCAACAGCUUGGCUCGUGAAGGUGAAAAGCAACGCAAGAUUCACAAGGAGAACGGCGCGCGUUACCAGGGUAUUCUGCAGGAAAGCGAAGGAGUCAUGGACAAGGCCAAGGCACGCUUUGACGCCACGGCCGAGGAGCUUGAGCGUAUCCUCGUCGCCAAAGAGGGCGAGAACUACCGCGACGCUGCCAUCCGCACCGAGCCAACCUCUGCGCCUAGACAGCGUGGCUUGGGCAAGGCUCUCAACAAGGGCUUGUUCAAGGGCAAGAACCCGGCACAGAUGGCAAAGCACGAGGACGACGUUCGCUCGCGCAUGGCUUCGGCGAGCGAGGCGUUCCGCAAGGCUGUCCUCGAUAGCCAAGCGUUGCGACAGGAGUACUUCAACUUCCAGCUGCCCAAGAUUGUUCGCCUUCUCAAAGACAGUGCCGACGAGCUGGACCUGGGCAUGCAGUACCACCUGACGCGUUACGCGUUCAUGUACGAGUCCACUAUUGUCGGCGAGGGCUCGAUUUUGAUCCCAAGCAACCCGGAUGAUGGACCUGGCCUCAAGCACAUCUUCGAGGCUAUCGACAACCGCAGCGACUUCAAGUCGUACAUGCAAAACUACGCGGUUGCCCGUAACACCCCCAAGGGCCCGCGCCGCGAGGGUCUGUACGACGAGGGCUUCAUUCCUGCUCUGCCGCCGCAUGUGCAGGCCCAGCAGAACGCUACAAUGACUGCCCCUACUCCUCCCCCUCCAGCGCCGGUGACCAACGGCAAUGGUGUCCCCCAGCAGGCCGCUCCCCAGCCCGAGUUCGCAUCAUCAUUAGUCCCCGCUGCGACCGGCGCCACUUUCGGUGUCGACCUCGGCGACCAGAUCCAGCGCGACGGCACCGAAGUACCCAAGGUUGUUGUCAAGUGUGCCGAGGCGAUCGAAGCGUACGGUCUCGAAUCAAUGGGCAUUUACCGCUUGUCGGGAACGACGUCCAGGGUGCAGGCACUCAAGAAUGCCCUCGACCAUGACAUUGAGGGCACAGACGUCAUGGACGAGCAGUGGAGUGCGGACAUCAACGUGGUGUCUGGCGCGCUCAAGCUGUGGUUCCGCGAACUGCCCGAGCCUCUCCUGACAUUUGGCCUGUACCACGGCUUUGUCGAUGCGGCACGCUACGAAAACGACCGGUUACGACACAUCCGACUGCACGAGCAGGUCAACGAGCUGCCAGACCCCAACUAUGCCACGCUCAAGUACUUUAUGGGUCACCUCGACCGCAUCCGCCGCAAGGAGGGUGUCAACCAGAUGUCGACGUCCAACCUGUCCAUCGUCUUUGGUCCCACACUGUUGGGCGCCCCGCCCGAGGAAGGCGGUCUGAACCUCGAGCACAUGAACUACCAGUGCAAGGCCAUUGAAACCAUUCUGGAAAAGUACCAGGAAAUCUUCGUCGAGGAGGACGAAGGAGGAGAUACCGCGUCGGCGCAGGCGCAGGGAGCGGCAUGA